GGUGGUGGUGGCAGUACAAGUAGUAGUUGGUGUACAGUGAUGAUGGUUACUGUUAAUGCUGUGGGGAGGGAGCAGCAGGAGGAGUGGAGGGAGACGGCGGCGAUUGUUGUGAAGCCGGGGGUGAGAGUUGUGUGUGGGUGGGAGAGAGGAAGGGGAGGCAGAAAGCCAGACGACGGCGACGACCAACGGGUCGUGAUAGUGGGGACAGACACAACAGCGCAGGAUUUGGAGAGAAGAUCCCAAUGAGCAGAAACUAAAGGUAGAAGAGGAAAUAAAGGGUAUAAAAUGAGAGGGGAGAUAAAGCUAAGCCCGGAACGCUGUUUCUAGUCACAUUCACCUCAAGACCGGCACAACACUGCAGGUGAGAUUCUAUCAUACUGAAUUCAUUUCUCGUCACUCACUGAACUCGAACCCACGUUUCUGGCGUUUCUAUUACCGUAGGCGACUUUUUUUUUUUUGAUUUUUAAUCUUUUGAUUCUUCCUUUCGAACAGGAGAUUUCGGGUCCGAUCAUUGUAUCUAAUAAGGUGACGCCGAACACUCUCGUUCAGCGCCGGCCCGCACCUAAAUUUGAAGGCACACCGGAAACCCUUGAAAUUUGAGCAAGACGGACGGGGGGAAUCAGCGAAAAGCUUGAAGAUGCGGCAGUGAGAGGGAGAGAGAGCGAGACGGACUGGGAAGGAAGCCUGGCUGGUGCGCCCACUGCCGAUGCCAAGAUUUCUGGGGUGUCAACAGGCAGAGUGAUAGAAAAGUGUCAAAGGCAAAAAAAAAAGCCUCUGGGGACCGGGAAAAGAAAGGAAAAGAAAAGAAAAAAGAAAACUAAAAAAGAAAACUGCCCAUCUCCCACCAUCACAAUCACCGCAACCCCAUUGUUAAACGAGUGCUUGUUGCCCUUUCUUCCUCCUUUUUGUCUGUUCGAGACCCUGAACUACGUAUCUCUUCUACUCCCUUCCGCCCGUAUCCAGGCGAGGAAGUCAAACGGACACAUCACAAUACCACCCCAGCAACAAACGAUCCAACCCCCUCAUUCAACGGAAACAUGGGAAAGAGGGGCAAGUGGGAGAAAAAUUCGGUCACGGCACCUUCAACCAGCAAGGUUGACCCCUCGCUGGCAUCUCUGUUUGAUUCGAGUGUUCGUAUAUCCUUAACCGAUUCCCCCCCCCCCCCCACAAGCAUUCGUCCGCUGAUCAUGUCUCUGCCAAUCAUUACAGUUCGGUGCGGUUCAAGUUCCACGAAAAGCCUCCAUUGAAAAUACCCGAUCGAGCGGAGCUACGGAGGGCGAUGGGGAUCUUUCGGAAGCUGAGGGGUCUGGUCCAGAGGAUACCUCGGACGAUGAGGCCGCUCACAAUUCCCAAUCGGGAGAUGACGAGAGCGUGGAAGAUUCACAGGCCACUACCGCGCCGAAGGAUAAGAAACGAAAACGCAAGAGACGGGACGACGAGGAAGAACUUGAGGAUAUCUAUCUACAGAAGCUACAGGAUGCCCAGGAAGCCGAAGACAGCCGGCGGUUGUCAAAAAAGACCAAAGCCGAGGCUGAGAACGAAAAGUCCGAAGAGAGCGAAGAGGAGGAUAGCGAUGCCGAAAAGGAGAAACCCCCAACCAAGCACGAAUCCCUCACAAAUCCCAGAGAAAUCGAGCUCGACAAGUCUUCCAGGACAGUUUUCCUGGGCAACGUCCCCUCCACAGCUAUUUCAUCCAAGGCAAGAACCCCCCCUAACAUCUCACUGCCGUAUCACUAACAACCCAACUGGCCUCCUACAACACUCUAAAAGCCCACUUUAAAACCGCCGGCAAGAUAACUUCCAUCCGCUUCCGCAGCGUAGCCUUCAGCGAGCAAAUACCGCGAAAAGCCGCCUUCAUAACCCACAAACUACACGAAAAGCAGCAAACCGUAAACGCCUACAUCGUAUACCCCACCCCGGCCGAAGCCCGUGAAGCUCUGAAGCUAAACGGCCAGGUGGUCCUCGACCGGCACAUCCGGGUCGACUCGGUCGCCCACCCAUCCCCGCAGGAUCCUAAACGCUGCGUGUUCAUCGGGAACCUGGAUUUCGAGGCUCAAGAGGAGAAUCUAUGGCGGCACUUUGGUGCCUGCGGGAAGGUGGAGAGUGUGCGCGUUGUUAGGGACGCCAAAACGAAUGUUGGGAAAGGGUUUGCAUACGUUCAGUUUGAGGUAUUUCCACUCUACGCAGCGUACCCCUCGCGCAGAGACUAAGUGUCCGACAGGACCCCAUGUCAGUAGACGAAGCCCUCCUCCUAGACUCUAAAAAGAUGGCCAACGACCGAAAGCUCCGCGUCACUAGAGCGAAGACUAUAAAGCGAACUCAAAUGCGCAAACCCGACCCUCCCGUAUCCGGUAAACGCUCCUCAAAGGGCAAAAGCGUAUACGUCCCGAAACUCGACGCCAAAGCUAAAGAUACCGUUAGCAGGGCGCACAAACUCCUCGGAAGAGCCGGCGCCGCUCAGCUAAAAUCGCAGAGCGAAGUCUUUGAAGGUCUAAGGGCUAGUGCGAACACCGGUUCCGGCAUUAAAAAGGGGGGGUCAGGGAAGAAGGCCGGGAAACCGAGGUCGAGAGCCAGAGCCGCGGCAUGGCGGCGAAAAGGGGACUGAACCCAGCAUAAGCGGCUUGGGAGGCGGGGUUUUGUGUAUUCUAGUAUCAUACUGUACCGAAGUGUAAUGAAUAAAUGAAAAGGUCUUGAUUGCCGG